CAAACGUCAUCGAGUGCCGAGAAUUUUCUUUAAAAAACAUUUCGGAAUCAACAUCAGCUGCGUUAAUUUCUGUAUUUAGUCAACCGAUCUCUUGUUUGUGUGGUAUUGCUGUGAGAAUAUUGCCGACAUUGAUAAACUGGUGCUUGGUUGUUAAAUUUGAUAAAAUUCUCUAUUCUAUUCCGGUUCGAUAAAAGCCAUUUUAAAGAUGCUGUCCCGAUUGGCCUGUGGAAGAACGUUCGUUUCGUCGACCCUGCUGAAAUCAACGCUGCAAACGAUCCCGAAACGGCAGCAGCAAGUGUUCCGGCAAUACGCACGCGAUGUGAAAGGAGGUAGUAGUAGCGGCACUGGAUGGACAUCUCGCGCGGAACGCACAACGCUGCGGGAACGGGCAAUGGCUCCACCCGGUCCAAACGCUUACGCGAUCGGUAAAGGAGCUGUGGCGGGCGGUGCUGCCCUAGGUCUCGGUGCGUUGUGCUUUUAUGGGCUCGGUUUGGGCAGCGGAACGAGUACACUGGAAAAUUCGCACCUGUGGCCAGAAUUUGUGAAGCAACGGAUUCAGGAUACGUACCUGUACUUUGGUGGUUCGAUCGCCAUUUCGGCUGCUAGUGCUCUGGCCGUGUUUCGGUCGCCUCGAUUGCUAAGUUUGGUUUCGAGAAAUGGAUGGAUGUCGAUUCUCGGUACUUUCGCCCUCAUGAUUGGGUCCGGCAUGGUUGCUCAAUCUAUUCCGUAUAGUCCGGGUCUAGGUGCGAAACAACUAGCAUGGGCGACACAUUCGGCCAUUUUGGGAGCCGUCAUCGCACCGAUGUGUUUCGUCGGAGGUGCCAUCCUUACCCGUGCGGCAUGGUACACGGCCGGUAUUGUCGGUGGACUUUCUACAGUGGCCGUUUGUGCACCUAGCGACAAAUUCCUCUACAUGGGAGGCCCGUUGGCUAUCGGUCUGGGAGUGGUGUUUGCUUCCUCACUGGCUUCGAUGUGGCUUCCACCGACGACCGCCCUCGGAGCCGGCAUUGCGUCACUUUCGCUAUACGGUGGUUUGUUGCUUUUCAGUGGAUUCUUACUAUACGACACGCAAAAAAUUGUGAAACGAGCCGAAAUGUACCCACUGUACGCUCCCCGCCCAUUCGACCCUGUAAAUUCAGCAAUUUCGAUCUACAUGGAUACGUUGAACAUUUUCAUCCGAAUCGUCACUAUUUUGGCCGGUGGUGGAGGAAAUCGUCGCAAGUAAAGUAGUAUUCAAUCUGUUCAAUAGUAGCGGAUAUGUUUAUAUGUUGUACGAUUCUAUAUUGGCUAUAGUCUUUAGUAAGGCAUAUUUAUCGAAUCCAGUGGCGAAACAUAAAAAUUUGCUAUUUUCACAGAGAUCAAUAAACUUGGUUUGAAUGAAACAUGCUUGGAUGGAUGCAUCCAUAACAAAAUCGAAGCAAUGUGAAAGGAUCCAGCUUCUGUAGACAUUGUACGAAAUGACCCUGCUUUGUAGGAUUAAGCUGUAGAGGAGCAAAUUGAUAUGCACACAAGUUACAAGUCUUCAACACGCAUGGUUCGAAAGGAAUGAAAUGUUUGAAGAUUGGGCUGCUUUCUAUGAAAUCUGUUAUUCAAGUAUAGGACUCAGAUAAAUUUGUUCUAAUUUAAAUUAUAAUCCAAGGGAUUGAGUAUACUUAAUAUGCGAUGUAAAUAAAUUGGAAGCGCUUUUUUUUAGCUGA